AUGAAUGUUGGAAUAAAGUCUAAUUUAAAUGGUGCUGAUGUGAAACAAAGACGGCACAAACCAAUAAGGAUAUGCGACAGUAAGGAAUGCCUGCGCUCCGCUGCCAAUCUUGCUCUUUCCAUCGACAGAACAGUACAUCCCUGUGAUGAUUUUUAUAAGUAUGUUUGUGGAAACUGGCCAGAAAAUCAUCCCCGACCUGACGCAGAGCAUUCCUACGAUUGGUUCCGAGAGAAACAGAUCAGAGUAUAUACAACACUUCGCGAGUUUCUAAGUAAAUACUCUUAUAGCCGGUCUAAACCAGUACAGCAAGCAAAAGAUGUAUACAAAGCAUGUAUGGACAUUGAAACAUUAGAUAAAUUAGGAUUGAAACCAGUCUUUAAAAUUUUAAAGGACUUAAAUCUACCACCUUACCCUACUUACAUAAACAUAACAGAAGAUUUCGACUACGACAGUUAUAGUUUUGACUGGAUUGAAACGGUUAUAAAAUUGAAGACUUAUCUCGGAAUGGACGUGUUGAUUGGUUUCGAUAUAUUUACGGCUCCAAAAAACUCUUCCGUCUAUAGAUUAGUCAUAGGAUCGCCUGAAACUACAAAUCCAUUUCCAAGUAUGCAUAUAUAUGAAAGGAAACGUGACAAUCGGAAAACCAGGAACUUUAAAAUAUCAACCUAUAAUGAUGUUGAUGAAACAUUAAUAGUAACACAUACACACAAUUUUGCAAAAAAACAGGAUGUGGACAAUGAUGAUGAGAGAACAUCACUUGCUUACAAAUUAUUUUACGCAGAACUUAUGAAGAUAUUCGUCAUAGAAACUGGUAAUUUCACCAGUUCAAAUAUCGACGAGCCAAAAUUAGAUCAAAAGAUCUUAACUACAUCAAAAGAGUAUUAUAGUCUGGACAAUAAUCUAGAUGAGCUAGAAUCAGAUAAUGGUACUGAAACAGACGAUGACGAGGCAUAUUUAAAUAUACCCGAGUACACAGUUGAUGAAAUACAAGCACAUACAGAUGAAAUAGUAAACGAAAAUAACGGUACCGCUGUACCUAUUUGGAGAAGGUAUUUAGAUGGAAUCUUCAAAAUGUCCGAUACAACAUUAGACUUCGAGAAUGAUAAGAUACUGGUCAGUCAGGCAGAUAUGAAGUAUUUAGCUGCUAUGGCUACACUGGUAUCUAAAACACCACCAGUUUUAAUUGAACUCUAUAUUUGGGUUAAGGUUGUAGAAGUACUUGCAGCUCAUACAACAACAGAAAUUCGUCAGUUAAUCCAACGAUCACAUGACGAGAUCAAUUCAAACGGUCCGAGUGUGCCACAACCGCGCAGCCUGCAGUGUGCAAGCGCCGUCAAUGAGAUGAUGGGCAUGGCCGUGUCAUAUGCCAUCGCCGACCCUAACUUCUUCAACGUAACCAAACCAAAGGUUGAAACAAUGCUGUAUGAAAUGAAAAAUGCACUUGCUCACCUGGUUGGUAAAGCCAAAUGGAUGGAUGACAACACUAAAUUGGCAACAUACCAGAAGAUUAUAGAGAUGAAAACUCUGAUAGGUUUCCCCGAUUGGUUCAUGGAAAAUGGAAGACUAGAAGAAUAUUACAAAGGAAUACAAGUGAAUCGUGACACUCACAUUGACAAUAUGAUCAGUAUAAUACAAUUUAAAUUGAGGAAAGCCUUUAACAAAUUACGUGCUGGUCGACAGUUUGACAAAAAUGGUAACUACCGACCUUGGUGGACCAACGAGACCGUGCAGUCAUUCGUGAACAUGACCGAGUGUUUCAUCGAUCAAUACUCUAGCUUCUAUGUUCGAGAACUAAGGAAAUAUCAAUUGCAAACCAUGCUGGAAAAACUAGCUGUUCAACAACCGAGGCUGGUCAAUCGCUCUACGCCACUGCUACUCCACGACAACGCUAGACCACACACUGCACAACAGACGGCUACCAAAUUAGAAGAGCUUCAAUUGGAAUGUCUAAGACAUCCACCGUACUCCCCGGACCUUGCUCCAACAGAUUACCAUUUUUUCGAACAACAGAUUACCAUUUUUUUCGAAAUUUUGAUAACUUUUUGCAAGGAAAAAUAUUAUGUUGAUGGGAAGAAAACCCUCGGCGAGAAUAUAGCGGAUAAUGGUGGAGUCAAAGAGGCGUUUGCCGCUCUCCAACACCACCUCCGUAAACAUGGGCCCGAACCGAAGCUGCCAGGGUUCGAGGAUAUGACCUCUGAACAAAUGUUCUUCAUAUCUUACGCUAAUUUGUGGUGCGAAGUUCCAACUAUAGACGCUUUGGAAUAUGAAAUAGAUGAUGAGCAUUCCCCACAUCAGUUUAGACCGAAGGGCUCACUACAGAACAAUGAGGAAUUUGCACGGGCGUGGCACUGUCCCCCCGGGUCUAAGAUGAAUCCGAUUACUAAAUGCAUUAUAUUUUGAAUAUUAACCAAAUAAUUUUAUGUUUGUGACCAGAGGCUACAUAUCAAAUAAAAUAUCAUUUAUUUCAUCUCUCGUAAAUGACUUUGAUGAAGACGACAGGAGACUUUUAAUCGGAGAAAACUUGGCAAGAGCUGCAUUUCGCAAUUGCAUUUCAUACAGAGAAAUCCGAUUAAAAAUGACUUCAUAAGACAGCUUACUAAUUUGUGAAAAAAACGAUCUUAAUAAUUGGCAAAGUAAAUGUAAAUAUAAUUAAAAUUUACUUAAGUAAAUUACAGCUUACUUGACACCUUAUUUUUAUAUGGAAAAGUAGA